AUGCAAGUGCCAUGCUUCUACAAAGUGGCAAAGAAGUGCAGUUCUCAAAAUCGGAAGCAGCAGGAGUUGAAGAUGAACAAGUUUCUAGGGAGCGUGAGGAGGAAAAUGUUGGCUAAAGCCAAGAAAGAGGAGUUCGAGAAGGAGAUUUUGGACACCUUUAGGAAUGUGGAAAUCAACAUCCCGUUGCUGGAUAUGAUCAGGCAGUUACCAAAAUAUGCAAAAUUUUUGAAGGGGUUGUGUACUAACUGGAACAAGUUGAAUUUUCACGACAAAGUAAAGGUAGGUGAGAAUGCGUCAGCAGUCCUUCAAAGGAAGUUGCCGCAAAAAUGCAAGGAUCCAGGUAUGUUCACAAUAUCAUGCAUCAUAGGUCAGAAGAGGAUAGAAAGAGGUAUGCUUGAUCUAGGGACAUCUAUUAAUAUUAUGCCUUUGUCAAUAUUUAGGGUCUUAAACUUAGGACCUCUAAAAGAUACAACGGUAAUAAUUCAACUAACCGAUAGGUCUAAUGUUUACCCUGAGGGUGUAGUUGAAGGUGUCCUAGUGAAAGUUAAUGACUUUAUCUUUCCUGCUGACUUCUAUAGUGUUGACAUGAAUGACGAUAACUCAGUUAAUUUAGUUGUACUUCUUCUGGGUAGACCAUUCAUGAGUACGACCAGGACCAAGAUAGAUGUGCAUGAAGGCACCCUAUCUGUAGAAUUUGACGGGGAGACAAUUACUUUUAACAUUUUUUAUGCGAUGAAAUACCCAGAUGAUAUUGAGUCAGUUAAUUAUGUUUGUAUCACUAAUUCAAUUGUGCAAGAUCACCUUGAGCAAAAUCUUAUGGAGGAUAAGCUGGAAUUCGUGUUACAACAGAGCAAGACGAAUGCGGACGUGGAGAGCGUGGAUGAAGAGGAUACUAAAGGAGCAAUAAUGUCGCUACAUUCACUUCCAAAAUUUCUUGUGAGGUUGGUCAACUCAUAUUUACCAUUGCCUACUUCUAAUGAGAGAAUCUUGCCCUCUGUUGAACAGGCACCAGAGCUGGACUUGAAGGAAUUGCCAAAGCAUUUGAAGUAUGCAUACCUGGGAGAUCAUGGCACUCUGCCAGUCAUCAUUGCGAGUGAUCUGAUAGCAGUACAAGAAGAAAAACUCUUACGAGUGUUGCGAGAGUUUAAACCUGCAAUUGGAUGGACGUUGGCAGAUAUCAAAGGCAUAAAUUCAUCCAUUUGA